AAAAUGUGAAAAUGAAAAUAAUAAUGAAAGAAUGAAUUAUGAACUUAUACGCGCCAGACCCGAAGGACUCCACAACUUACCCCACCGCCGCCCACUCUUGUGGAGCAGUGUGGAACGUGAGUGGAAAGCGAAAAUGGAGUGUGGCAUAAAAAUGAUUGUGUAUGUUAAGUUUGGCACGCGCCACGCCUACAAUAAACCGCAAGAAUCAUGGCCGAGGAGGUGGAGGGCGGAUGGCGAUGAAGAGAGAUAGAGUGCCCAGAAAAGUAUGCAACAUAUUUCACAGUUCGAGGCAGCUGGCAAUGGAAAAGGACAAAACAGACCCCGGGGAAGGGCCGCCUCUGUCACCAUACGCCCACACUCAAAAGCGUGACUGUUAGUCACAGAAUCCCAAAGCCAUCUACCCCCUUGAAAACCCCCCCUGUACUCCGCCCAUCCAUCCUCCCAGCCGUGCCCCCUUGGAGAAGAAAUUUUUGAAUUAUGAGCGCUCUGGGCAGCAACAGAGACAGUCUUCGAGCGGGAGCAAGAGAUGGCAACUGAGCAGCCGAAACUGCCUGCUAAUCUGUUGA